CUACAGAGAUUUCCCAAAUGAAUUGACAGUUUCCAGGGACUUAGGACAUGAUUCUCACUUUAAUCUCUUCGUCGUCGCUGCUCUCCCUUCUUCGUCUUUCCCUCUUCCUGGGCGGGCUCCCUCACGGUAUAGACUACCACAAUGUAUACCAUUAAAUCCUUUCUACAUACUAUUUAUGCCCGCAUCGUCCUCAGCCGCACAACCACAUUCUUUUUCGUCUUCAGCUUAAUUUAUUGCUUCACCCAAGGCGUCAUCCAGUCUCUGCUGCACGGCCAGGACCAUGACAUCCGAGGUCUGCUCAAAGGCGUCGUCGACCCCGUCCUAGCCAACGCCAAGGGCAACAUGACCUUCGUCCUUGGCUCCCCGGGCGCACUGCACCUCCAAAUCUGCAACGACGUGCCCUAUGAAAUGGUCGGAGCACCCACCAAAGCCCAACCGGUCUACCCCUGUACAACCGUCUUUCGCUCCUCCACAGAUGCCUCGUCUACCCUCUACGACACAGCACGGACACUGGACUGGUCAAAGGGCAUCGAAGUAUGGCGGUCCACACCAGGCCUUGACAUCGAAUACUCGGGUUCAGCCCGCGUCGCCACCGCCCCCAAAUCCGACAACUCGACCGCCAUAAUCGACGGGGUCAUUAUCACCUCUGUCGCAGACCAGGACAGGAUCAACCUCAGUUUGCAAUGCAUCCAGACCCUGUCGUACCCGAAGCAGAUCCUGGAUAACUCAAAACGCGAAGACAUCGCAUUAAUCAUGCUCCAACCCUGGCUCUGGACCAUCUCAGUUUUGGCGGUAGUCAUGGACUCGGUUCCACAUCUGUUAACGGCAAUCGUAACCCGCACCAUUGUAACAGCCUGGUCCGCAUUCAGCCUCUGGCGCACAACCCGCGACCAAUCCCUCUUCCACGAACUCCUGGCUGAGCCAGGUACACCCUGCUCUCUCGACCUUUUCACCGACUACUUCCAAAAUCGCAUUCCUCUUCAGAUCACAGACGUGGUUCUAUCAUGCACAGCGUUGAUCAUCUUCUUCGUCCUCACCAUACGAUUGCUCAAGACCUACAGCUCACAUGCAUUCCAAUGCAUCGGCGCUCCAGACCACAUUAACCGCAUCAACAAGUUCUUCCUCGCCCUCCUCUCAUGCCUCCAACUCGAAGUAUUCGCCCUCACCACCGCAAUGGCAAUGUGGAUCGACGUCCUCCUCAACACCGCCAUCGGGAGCGUAACACCGCUGAUGAAAACCUACAUCGCAGUUUUCAUUACAACUGUUUUGGUCCUCCUCCCAUGGAUCGCGAUGGGCUGGUUCGCAACCAAACGCGAAAAACGCUGGAUGAUGGCCGCGUUCCUCUUCUUCGGGUUCGCAAUGCUCUUCGCAUGGCUCCUCAUGUUCUACUCCAUCGUUUAUCGAUGGACGUUCCUCCAAUGGCCAUUCCUAGGGUGUUUCACCGUCUCCUCACUCGUCUUGCUCAUCGCAAGCUUCGUAUUGGGCGUCAUCUGCCGUACGCAGUUCGGCAAAGGACACGCCGAGUAUCUCCGCGCAGAAGAAGCCCUCUCCUCCCUCAACUUCACCCGCGAAGUCUUCACCCGCAACACCAACCACGACAACUUCGACUUGGACCCCUCCCAAACCACCUCCGCAACCGAAAUCAAAACAAACUUCAAAUUCCCAUUCUCCCCUUCUUCCCAAUCCCAAUCCAAACCCCGUAACCCCACCUCCCUUUUCCCCUCCUCCAACUCGGGUUCCAAACGCUGGAAGAUGACACCUUUCCCAUUCCUCUCUCUCUCCCGUGAUCACGACCAUACCCGUGACAACAACGACGUCCACACCCACGAUCUGAGUCUCAACACCCGAAGCAGUAUCUCCAAGGACCCAAACGCACAGGGAGACCGCAAACCCUCGCUCACGCUCUCACACACCUCCCGUCCAAGCGUUUCCAUCUACUACAUCCAGACGCUCGAGAGUGACGGAGCGGGUGGGGUACAUGCCCUACAGGAAGGCAAAGGGCAUAAGGGGCCUUUUGGUGUUUGA